UCCGUUGUCUUCCUCCUCCCUCUUAUAAAUAACGCGCCCCGGCUGACCAACCUUGCCAGUGUCUGCACAGCGGAUCGGAGCUCGCCACCGCUACCGUACCUACCACACGGAUUUGACUUGCGUCGGGCGGAGAGGGAGGAAACGAGAUGGAUGUGGAGAGCCGCGCGGCGGAGGCGGCGGUCGUCGCCGUCGACUGGCGCGGCCGCCCGUGCCGGCCGCACCGCCACGGCGGCAUGCGCGCUGCCGUCUUCGUCCUAGGGAUCCAGGCGUUCGAGAUCAUGGCGAUCGCGGCGGUGGGGAACAACCUCAUCACGUACGUGUUCGGGGAGAUGCACUUUCCGCUGCCGCAGGCGGCCAACGUGGUCACCAACUUCGUAGGCACCAUCUUCCUGCUCGCCCUCCUCGGCGGCUUCCUCUCCGACUCCUACCUCGGCUGCUUCUGGACCAUCCUCACCUUCGGCUUCGUCGAGCUCUCGGGCUUCAUCCUGCUGUCGCUGCAAGCGCACCUGCCGCAGCUGAAGCCGCCGCCGUGCAGCAUGACGGGCGGCGGCUGCGAGAAGGCCCGGGGCUUCAAGUCCACCGUCUUCUUCCUCGCGCUCUACCUGGUGGCGCUCGGCAGCGGCUGCCUCAAGCCCAACAUGAUCGCGCACGGCGCCGACCAGUUUGACGCCGCCGCGCCGGGCGGCGCCGGGAGGCUCUCCACCUACUUCAAUUCCGCCUACUUCAGCUUCUGCGCGGGCGAGCUCGUCGCCCUCACGGCGCUGGUCUGGGUGCAGACGCACUCCGGGAUGGACGUCGGCUUCGGCAUCUCCGCGGCCGCCAUGGCCGCCGGGCUCGUCAGCCUCGUCUCCGGCGCCGCACGGUACCGGAACAAGCCCCCGCAGGGUAGCAUCUUCACUCCCGUUGCAAGAGUUUUCGUUGCCGCCUACAGCAAGAGGAAGCAAGUGUGCCCAUCCAGCCCCAAUUCUGUCAACGCCGGAGCUUGCGAGCCGGUACGCCUCGCCGGGAACUUCCGCCACAGCACCAAGUUCAGGUUCCUGGACAAGGCAUGCAUCCGGGUAGCGCAGCAGGGGCCGAACAUGAAGCCGGAGAGCCCGUGGCGGCUGUGCACGGUGGCGGAGGUGCAGCAGGCCAAGACGCUCCUCGCCGUGACGCCCAUCUUCGCGUGCACCAUCGUCUUCAACACCGUGCUCGCGCAGCUGCAGACCUUCUCGGUGCAGCAGGGGAGCGCCAUGGACACCGCGCUCCCGCCGGGCUCCUCCUUCCGCAUCCCGCCGGCGUCGCUGCAGGCCAUCCCCUACGCCAUGCUACUGGCGCUCGUCCCGGCCUACGAGCUCCUCCUCGUGCCGCUCAUGAAGCGCGCCACGGGCACGCGGUCCGGGAUCACCCCGCUCCAGCGCAUCGGCGUCGGCCUCGGCACCGUCGCGUUCUCCAUGGUCGCCGCGGCGGACGUCGAGCGCAGGCGCCGCGACGCCGCCGCGGGGGGCCACCGGAUGUCCGUCCUGUGGAUCGUGCCGCAGUUCCUCGUCUUCGGCGUGUCGGAGAUGUUCACCGCCGUGGGGCUCAUCGAGUUCUUCUACAAGCAGGCGUGCGCCGGCAUGCAGGCCUUCCUCACGGCGCUCACCUACUGCUCCUACGCGUUCGGGUUCUACCUCAGCUCCGUGCUCGUUUCGCUGGUGAACAGGGUCACGGCUAGGCACGGCGGCGGCGGCGGCUGCUGGCUCGGCGACAACGACCUGAACAAGGACCGGCUGGACCUGUUCUACUGGAUGCUCGCCGCGCUCAGCGUGCUCAACUUCUUCUGCUUCCUGCUGUGCGCGAGGUGGUACAAUGCCGGCGUGGAUGGCUCGGAUGCGGCAGCUGCCUCCGGUCAGGUGGCAGCAGAGGGUGUUGAUGGCAAGGAGAUCAUCUGAACAGCUCUCAGGAGCACUGAAACUGUAUAUCCGUAUAGAUGUAUGUAUAGAACUAUAGAAGCCUAAGAAAUAGUCACCAGAAAAUGAGCACUAGGUUAAGAUCAAGGCUCUUAUUAAAGUACAAUGCGUUAGUUCUGCAGUGAAUCAUAUAGCUUCAGGCAACUUUACCUGGACACUUCAUUAUAUAUAUAUAUGUACUAGUAAAAAGGAAA